AACACCAUAAUAAUAAGCUUUAAUUUUCAUUAUUAAUCUUAAUAAAUUAUCAUAAGUAUAAUGGGUGUCUACACCUUUACCGCCAUUGAUGAAACUAGCCCUAUUGCUCCGGCAAGGUUGUUCAAGGCUCUAUGCCUUGACAACCAUAUCAUUUUUCCUAAGGUAUUGCCUCAUGUCAUCAAAACUAUUGACUUUGUUGAAGGUGAUUCUACUGUUGUUGGAUGUGUCAAACAAUACAAUUUUGCUGAAGGGAUUCCACACAAGUAUGCAAAAGGCAAGGUCAAUGAACUUGAUGUAAAUAAUUGCUAUGUCAAGUUCACAAAUAUUGAAGGUGAUAUAUUAGGGGAUGUUUUAGAAUGUAUUGUUUAUGAAGUUAAAAUGGAAACAAGUGGGUCUGGAAGUCACUAUAAAAUGGUGUGUCAUUUUCACACUAAGGGAGAUAUCGUUGUUACCGAAACUGAUGACAUAGUCAAGGGAGACAUCCAAAGUUUGGUAAUGACUUAUAAAGCUGUCCAAGAAUACCUCCUCAACAACCCUCAACUUUGUGCGUAAAACUACUAUCAAAAUCAAAGGCUUGACAUUUAUGAGUAUCAAUGAAUAAUGAUUAUUUAAGAUUAUUAAGUGUGGCUGUGUGGGGAAUGAAAUACAUAUAAAGUCUAAACUUAUAUUUUAAUACCAUUUAUCGCUUAUGAUGCAUCAAAUGUUUGUACUAUUUGUCUUUUUUACCUUCAUAAAUAAUGUAAUAAAAGAGCAAGUAUUUGAGUU